AAAACGAGGUCGUUUCUGUUUUGCCUUGUAAGAAUAAUACUCACCUUAAGCUUUAAAAACAUCACUUUGCUCUGGUCAUCACGAAAUUUCGUUCGCGGCUUCCUCGCCUGGCUAUUGUCUGAAUCUUCGUUGCUACACUUGAGAGUGUGGAAUUUGAGGAAAUCAUGGAAGCUCCUAUGAGCCAAGGUGGAAUUCAGCAUUUGCUGUCUGCAGAGCAAGAAGCUCAACACAUUGUCAAUGAUGCUAGAAAUGCAAAAAUGGCCAGACUAAAACAAGCCAAAGAAGAAGCUGAUAGAACGAUUGCUGAAUAUCAAGUCCAAGUGGAGCAUGAAUUUCAGAGGAAAGUAGAAGGGACUAGUGGAGAUUCAAGUUCUAACGUUCAGCGGCUUGAAAAAGAGACAGAGGCAAGAAUUAGUCACUUGAAGCAUGAGUCUGCUAGAAUAUCUCAUGACAUUAUCAACAUGCUCCUGAAGCAUGUCACAACUGUGAAAAACUAAGCCUGUCGGUGGCUUGGUAGCAAGGUGGACUUGCAAGUGCUCAAAUAAUCUGUUUAUUUUAGCUUGUUUCUUACCAUACCUUGGACUUCUAUGCUUUACAAGCUCACUGUGUCCUUUGUACUAGGGAAUAAUGAUAAUAGAAAUUGUGGCCGUCUCUUGUUGGUCCAAUUGAUUUA